UUCAUCAAUCCCUCUCUCUCUCUCUAUAUAUCUUUCUCUCUCUAUGUUCAUUCAUAAGGGGGUUUAGGAUUGUUCACAACUUCACUCAUACGAAUCGGGUCUCCGGUCAUCCUCUUUGUUCAAUCGCCGGCGUUGCUGAGUAGCUCUGGAAGUUGAAUCUCGUGGUGGGUUGAGUUAUCGAACUUCAACUUUAAUGCUAAAGGAAUAAAGAAAGAAUUUGAAGUUUGAACUUAUUGAUUGAAGAAAAUGUUGGAGGGUCAGAAAUUUACAGGAAUGAUAGAUCUGAAUAGCAACCCUGAUAAUUAUGACCUUUCACAAGGAUUUUAUCAUAAACUCGGUGAAGGAUCCAACAUGUCCAUUGACAGUUUCGCGAGCUUGCAGAUGAGCACUGGCGGAGGCUCUGUUGCAAUGUCCAUUGAUAACAGUAGUGUUGGAUCAAACAAUUCAAACACACGCAUAUUAAACCAUCAAGGAUUAAAGCGUGUGAAAAACUAUACUGCUGUCCAGAGUGUUAACCGUGGUAAAGUCUCACACGGACAAAGUGAUGAUGCCCUAGCCCAAUCUUUGAUGGAUCCCCGGUUUCCUACUGAAGGGCUCGAGAAUUUUGAGGAAUGGACACUUGAUUUAAGGAAACUGAUUAUGGGACCUGCUUUUGCACAGGGUGCUUUUGGGAAGCUGUACAAAGGUACUUAUGAUGGUGAAGAUGUUGCUAUUAAGCUUUUGGAGAAGCCGGAGAAUAAUCCAGAGACAGCCCAGGUAAUGGAGCAACAGUUUCAGCAAGAGGUUAUGAUGCUGGCUACUUUAAAGCAUCCAAAUAUUGUUCGUUUUAUUGGCGGGUGUCGUAAGCCUUUGGUAUGGUGUAUUGUGACUGAAUAUGCUAGAGGAGGUUCGGUUAGGCAGUUUUUGGCAAAGAGGCAGAAUCGGUCUGUGCCUUUGAGGUUGGCAGUUAAGCAGGCUUUGGAUGUUGCAAGAGGAAUGGCUUAUGUGCAUGGACUUGGAUUGAUCCAUAGGGAUCUUAAAUCUGAUAAUCUUCUGAUUUCUGCUGACAAAUCAAUUAAGAUUGCAGAUUUUGGUGUUGCUCGGAUUGAGGUGCAGACUGAAGGAAUGACACCUGAAACUGGAACAUAUCGUUGGAUGGCCCCGGAGAUGAUCCAGCACAGACCAUACUCUCAGAAAGUGGAUGUUUACAGUUUUGGAAUAGUCCUGUGGGAACUGAUAACCGGACAGCUUCCUUUCCAGAACAUGACAGCCGUCCAAGCUGCAUUUGCUGUUGUGAAUAAAGGCGUAAGGCCGAAUAUUCCCAAUGAAUGUCUUCCUGUUCUUCGCGAUAUCAUGACCCGCUGCUGGGAUACUGAACCAAAUGUUAGACCACCUUUUAUGGAUGUGGUGAAGAUGCUGGAGAAUGCUGAGACUGAGAUCAUGACCAAUGUUCGGAAAGCGCGGUUCAGAUGCUGCAUUAGCCAACCGAUGACGAUGGAUUGAGUGUGGGAAGAAAAAGGGUAUGGUAUUUAUUAUGCGUAGCAAACCAACUAUCAGUUUCGAUUUCUUUUGCAGUAAGAGUACAGUGAUAAAAAAUUGCAAGUGUUAUGGUUUUAUUUUAUCCUUUUGUUUUUAUUUUGUGAAUUAAAACUAAAUUACUGAUGGUUGAACUUGAAAGAGAUUUUAUCUAUACAUGAUCCCUUUCUUUCCUA